GCAGUGAUGGAGAAAGGGGACACGCGACCGUCGUGGGACAAUCCCAUGCAGUUCGUCCUCGCCUGUGUGUCCUAUGCGGUGGGGCUGGGAAACGUGUGGCGUUUUCCAUAUCUCUGUCAAAUGCAUGGAGGAGGUGGAUUCCUGAUACCCUACCUGAUCAUGCUGGUCCUGGAGGGGCUUCCCCUCUUCUGCUUGGAGUUAGCCAUUGGCCAGAGAAUGCGCCUAGGCAGUAUUGGGGCUUGGAGUGCCAUUAGCCCCUAUCUGGGGGGUGUAGGUAUUGCAAGUGUGGUCACCUCAAUAUAUCUCUGCUUGUACUACAAUGUGAUCAACGCUUGGUCCUUCUGGUACCUCUUUCAUUCGUUUCAGACUGUGCUCCCCUGGGCCCAUUGCCCCGCAAACACCAACCUGACAGGCCACCUGGAGGAGUGUGAAGCGGCCACAUCCACCCAGUACUUCUUCUACAGAGAGACCCUGAACAUCAGCCCCACCAUUAACGACGGUGGCGGCAUUCACAUGGGCCAGGCGCUCUGCCUCCUGCUGGCCUGGAUGUUCGUCUACCUCUGCAUCGUGCGUGGUGUGGCAUCUACGGGAAAGGUGGUCUACUUCACGGCCAGUUUCCCCUACCUGGUGUUGUUCAUCUACUUGAUCCGAGGGGUCACCCUGCAUGGAGCCGUUAAUGGUCUGAAGUACAUGUUCACGCCCAAGCUGGAGCAGUUAGCAAACCCUACGACGUGGAUCAACGCUGCCACGCAGAUAUUUUUCUCCCUGGGCCUUGGCUUCGGCUCCCUCAUUGCCUUCGCCAGCUACAACAACCACAACAACAACUUCGAGCGCCAGGCCAUUGCUGUGUCCCUCAUCAACAGUGGCACCUCCAUCUUUGCCAGCGUGGUGACUUUCUCCAUCUAUGGCUUCAAGGCCACGUUCAAUUACGAAGCCUGCUUGGGGAGACUGCGAUUGCUGCUGUUAAACACCUUUGACUUGGCAGAAGAUGCCAUCAGUGUGGAUAAUGUGACCUUUUGGGUCACGGAGCUGAACCAAACAUACCCAGACCGGUUUGCUGCGUUGUCCAACAAGCUGGAAAUCUGCAGCCUAGAGACUGAACUGGACACAGCCGUGGAAGGAACAGGCUUGGCCUUCAUCGUGUACAGCGAGGCCAUCAAGAACAUGCCAGUGCCUCAGCUGUGGUCUGUGCUGUACUUCUCCAUGCUGCUCAUGCUCGGCUUGGGCAGCAUGCUGGGAAAUGUGACGGCUAUCACCACUCCGCUGUGUGACAUCCGCUUCCUGUCCCGCCACCUCAGCAACGAGACCCUGAACGGCCUCGUCUGCCUCUUCUGCCUCCUUCUUGGCCUUGGCUUCACCACGCGCUCAGGGAACUACUGGCUCACCAUGUUCAACGACUAUGGCGCCACCUUGUCGUUGCUCUUCAUUGUGCUCAUUGAGAUCAUCAGCGUUUGCUACGUCUACGGACUCAGAAGGUUUGAAAAUGAUAUUGAAGACAUGAUUGGCCAUCGACCGAACUGGUACUGGAAGAUUGUGUGGGCAGGCGUGGGUCCCAUCCUUAUCAUUGGCUUGUUCAUCUUCUACAUCGUCAUUUACAUCAGGGGGGGAACGCCCACCUACCAGGCCUGGGAUAAAGAUCUGGGCCGUGCAGUGACCACAAAGUACCCGGCGUUUGCCCAGGUCUUCAUCGGGCUGCUUCUGGCAUCGUCCCUCAGCUGCAUCCCGCUUGGCGCGCUCUACGCCUUCUGCGUGAGGCGCCGGCAGCGUCGGAAGGUGCCGCGGCAAGGCAUCAAGACCAUAAGUACCUGAGGAGACGCCCAUGUGCAUGUCCCCCCCCCCCCCCACGCACUGGAUGAGGCCAGUGUCACCGGACUGCUCCUCCACUCCCUUUAAUCCCCUCACAGACGUGCCCAGCUACCUGGAGUCACUGAAACACUACAGGCUCUUGUGAUUAUCUGCGUUUAAAAUAGCAGAUUUUGAGAAAUUUCAUAAUUUCAUAAAAUGUUAUCCCUGCGCAACCAAAUCAACAUCUUUUAAAGUUUUAUAUGGGGAAGAUAUUAUAUGCAGGGAUUGACAUAACUGUUACGCAAGUACAAAUUUGCCGUAUAAAGGUUAAAAUACAUGUUGACCUUUGAAAUAGAUUCCACGUGUAUAGCAUCAAUAAUGUAACUAAUCUAGUAUACCAGAGGCAUUCGAACUGUGGGGUGUGGGGGAGGGGCAUUGGGGGCACUGGUCUGGGGAAUACUUAAAAAAACUGGGCGGAGGGGGGUUGAUCUGUUUUGAAAUUGGAACCUUCAUGAACACAUUGUAUGCCUAUACACAUUAUAUGGUGCUAACAAAUUAAAGUAAUUAAAAUGCAUAA